AAAGUAUUUUUUUAUAACAGUGAGUAGAAGUUCAUUAUUGCUUAAAUAAUAUAUUGCUUUGAUGAAAUGUUUUUUUAUUUAUUUUUCUUAUGUCAUUUAUGGCAAUCUUAUGAAUAUUCUAUUGAGUCAAUGAGUGAACAAAAGGGAACACAGUAUUAUGAGUAGUAAAUAUAUUUUAUUCUAUAUAUUUAUUGCUGCCUUUUCUCUAUAUAUUAUUAAAUGCUCGUUAAAUACUAUUACAAAGGAUUGCAUAAACAUAUUUAAAUUUAAAAAUCAUUCUCUAUUCGGGUUUCCUCUGGUAAUCCACCAGUCAUUGCACAUUUUGACAUCAAAUAAAGAUUUUCGUUAGUCAAAUAUUUUAAAGAAAUGAUCAUUCAACUCUUAAGGAGGUAUAAAUUUCUAGUGAAAAGGCAGAUAAUAAAUAUUUUGAAUAAAGUAUAGUCACAUACCCUUUAUGUAAUCCUUGAUUAGUUUUGGAUAAAUUUGAAGUAGUCACAUUUUUGAAAUGCCAUUUCUCGCCAUUUUCUAUCGCGUAGUCAUCUGACUAGGAAGGACAGGGAGGAGGCGUUACUCAUUAUGAUUAGUAUACUGCGCAUGCUUGAAAACAUGCCUUGAGGGAUCAUCCUGUUUCCUGAGGAUUCACAGGCAUCCUCACGCUAUACACUACCGAGCAAUUUAGCUUGUUUAUUUAGGUGAAAAUAGAUAAAAUAGCUAACUUAAAUUAUGAAUAAAGUGCUUUUACAAUAUAAUAGUUACAAAUUGAAUUGUGAUAGCUCAUAAAAAUUUUGUUUAUGAAGCUUAUUGGAACAUUUUAUUACAAUUUCAUAUUUUAGUAUUUUGUCAUCUUGAGUAGACGCUGUUAUUAAACUUUUGUGAGAUUUGAAGGCUCCUAAAUGUAUCUGUUUAGUUAUUAAAACAAAAUUUUGUUUGAAAUCUUUUUCUUUACACCAAAUUUUUGAUUAAUAAAAAAAAAAUUGCUUGUAAUAUGGAGGAGAUAAACUUUUGUAAAUUAUGUUCACAAGAUGAUGCUUUAUAUUGUGUGCACACUGUGGAAGCUUCUAAUGAAACAAAUAGUAAUCAGUGUUUACAGAAAGAAGUUUUACAUCCCAAUCAAGCUAUAGUAGAGGAUAUUUCAUGUAAUGAAAAUAAUACUAAAUUAUGUUCACAAGAAACUUUAUAUCCUGAUCCUACAAUAGAAGAGCAAAAAUCUUCCACUGAAUCGAAUACUAAUUUAUUUCUUAAUAAUAAGUUAAAUCUGCCAGGUUCAGUUCCUAAAAAAGGAAAACUUCAUACUUGUAGCAUAUGUAACAAAAUUUUUACUGUGAGAGCACAUUUUUUAGCACACAGUCGUGUUCAUACAAAGGAAAGGCCUCAUGCUUGUGUUAUUUGUAAUAAAAGGUUUUCAGCACUGAGUGAUUUAGUAAGGCAUAGUAUUGUGCAUACCAAAGUAAAGCCUUAUUCUUGUCAAGUAUGUAAUAAGAAAUUUUCUUUGAAAAGUCAUUUAAAAAGACAUGACCUCGUUCAUACUAAACAAAAAUUCUGUUUCUGUGAAUUUUGUGAUAAAAGUUUUUCAGCAACAAGUGAAUUAAACCGCCACUUGAUUGUUCAUACAAAUGAAAAGCGAUACACUUGUAAUAUAUGCAAUAAAAGUUUUACUCGAUGUGAUAGUUUAACGAGGCAUCGUCGAACUCAUACUGAUGAAAAACCUUAUUCCUGCAGUAUAUGUCAAAAAAGAUUUUCAGUAAAAGGUAAUUUAAACACUCAUAAUUUAGUUCAUACGAGAGAAAGGCCUUUUUCUUGUAAUAUUUGCAAUAAAGGUUUUUCUCAGAAACAUAGUUUAAAAUCUCACAUACUUCUUCAUGAAAAAGUUUUAAAUACUUAAUUAUUGAUUGCAUAGUGUAUAAAAAUUGCUGUAUUAUUUCUUUUGCAAAUAUUUUGAAGUGUGUACAAGGAUAUACACCUUAUUAUACCUAUUUACGAACAAAUUUAGAAGCAUGCUGCCAUGUUUAAAUGCUAUAGUUUGCUAUAAAAAGAGGUGCUACUCUUCUAUAUAUUUUAAUGUACUUUGAUAUUGCACGUAUCUUUAGCUGCAUUAAAACCUUAUAAGCUUCUCUGAAGCUAUUUUGGGUCAUCAACUUUAUGUUGACAUUUUAUUUGGCUCUGCGGAAACUUCAACACUUAGGAAUUGCAAAAGUGUGUAAAAAAUUUGCAGAAGAUGAAAUAAAAUUUUUUUUAGUAUGCUA